CCGGCUUCCCCCCGCGGCCUGGCCAGUGGAAAGCGCGGACAGCGGUUGUUCCCAGUGGCCGGGGCUGUGGGCUGUGCCCGUGUCUCCUCCCUUUGGCCGGCUGCAGGCCUGUCUGCCCAGUGUUACUGAGACCAUGGCUGCUCCACAGCUCUUCCGGGCACUUGUGUCCUCGCAGUGGGUGGCAGAGGCCUUGGGGGCCCCACGCACUGGGCAGGCCCUGCAGCUCCUCGACGCCUCCUGGUACCUGCCCAAGACGGGUCGCGACCCACGCCGCGAAUUCGAGGAGCAACACAUCCCAGGCUCAGCUUUCUUUGACAUCGAUCAGUGCAGCGACCGCACGUCGCCCUACGAUCACAUGCUGCCUGACGCUGAGCAGUUUGCAGAGUACGCGGGUCAGCUGGGCGUGGGCGAGGCCACGCACGUCGUGAUCUACGAUGGCAGUGACCAGGGCCUCUACUCGGCACCACGGCUCUGGUGGAUGUUCCGUGCCUUCGGCCACCGUACAGUGUCCCUACUCAAUGGAGGCCUCCGCCACUGGCUGAGCCAGGGCCUCCCGCUCAGCUCCGGCAAAAGCUACCCGACGCCUGCCACAUUCCGCGCACGUCUAGACCCCACCUUCGUCACCACGUUCCAGGAAAUGAAGGAGAACCUGGAGUCCCGGCGCUUCCAGGUGGUAGACGCCCGCCCCGCUGGUCGGUUCCGCGGCAUUGAGCCUGAGCCCCGAGAAGGCAUCGAACCUGGCCAUAUCCCACACAGCACGAACAUCCCCUUCACGGAGUUCCUGACCGAGGAGGGCCUGGAGAAAAACCCUGAGGAGAUCCGCCACCUGUUCAAGGACAAGAAGGUGGACCUGACCCAGCCCCUGGUGGCCACGUGUGGCUCCGGCGUCACAGCCUGCCACGUGGUGCUGGGGGCCUACCUCUGCGGCAAGACCAACGUGCCGGUCUACGAUGGUUCCUGGAUGGAGUGGCACACGCGUGCCCCGCCAGAGCACAUCAUCUCCGAGGGCUGGGGGAAGACCCACUGAGGCCGGCAGGACACAGGACACAAAGAAUUUGGAAGACUUCUGAUCAGAGACUGAACCAUGGCCGUUAACAUGUGGCAAGCUGUCCAGAAGACAGGGUGAGUCCCCAGACCCUACUCUCUUUUCUUUUCUUCUCUUCCUUCCAUCUCUCCAAAACCACAGCCAAGGGAACAGACUGAGCUCUGCCCUUCGGAGAGGAAGCUGGGAGGCGCCAGGUCCAGUGGGACCCAGCAGUGUCCAUUUGCCUGACACAAGGCCACACUAAGGUCCAUGCUUGCCCUGAGGCUGUUUGCAGGUGUGCCCUGGAGAUGCAUGCCACCUUAAAACUGCAGUGCUCUUUUCCCUUCUUCCUUCUCUCUUCUCCUUCCCCCAUUUUUGCAUGAUAGGCUUAACAACCACCAGCAUCUCUCCCAAAAUGCUGCUGCGAGGAGUGCACAUAGGCCUGUGUCUGUAGCCCACCUCUCAGCAGGGUCCACCUGGGCCUGCAGUUCCUCUCCACAGUUGGGCAGCUUGUGGUGCCCAGGCACAGCACCAUCACCACCGACCUGGCCUGGGUGGGAAGGGCUGCCGUGGGCACCUGGGGAAGCUAGGAAAGGAGCCAGUUCUGGUGGUCGCUGCCCCAAGCCUCAGGCCAGACUCCUCUUUCCUGCAGCUGCCGUGUGUCUAGAACCCUUUUUCCUCUUCCUCCCCUAUUCCACAUCAUUGUUCUCCUGCCCAUGGUGCCUCUGUUUGCCCUGGGCACCUUGUCCCAACUGUCACUCGUGCUCUCCUUCUUCCCAUGGCCUGUAGGGGUCAUGAAAACGCUCACUCCUAAGUCACACUUCCCUGCCCCAGGGACACCAGUAAGCAGCUGGCACCCUUCACUGAUGGGGCCAAUGGGGUUAGAUACCAGAUUCUAAAGAUAGUCUCUGCUUCUCCUUUCCUUAGAGAAGCUAACAAGGACUGGCACAGUGGCUCAAAUGGUAAAACACCUGCCUAGCAAGUGUGAGGCCAUGAGUUCAAAUCCCACCUUAGUUUGCUUU